UCAGUUUCAUUUGAGACGUUGACGCGAUCGCCAGCAAAAAACAGGCAGCUGCCAAAAUCGCAGCCAACCAACUUCGAGCCGCGCAUGAGAAAUAUAUAUUUUAAACGGGUUAAUCCAAUACACAGCCGAAAAUCGAACGCUCUUAAUUUUAUAAACUUUUUUUCUUUCGCUCGUUUUCCCAUAAAAGUCGAGCGUAAAUUUCAGCUGCAAGUGAAUUUCUGUGCGGUGUUGUUGUCGUGAUUUGCAUAAUCUGCAAGUUAAUAAACAAUGCAAAGAAGUGGGCAAAACUCAUAAAUAAAGUGCACCGCUUAAAGUGUAAUUAAAAUUCAUUGAGAUUUUUUUUCGUGCGCACAGCAAGGAGAAAAACAAGUUUGUUGCCUAAGUUAUUUGUUUUGAAUUUCGAAAAUUCGCCAAAACAUUUAAUAAUAAGUAUUCAAAAAAAGCUGGAACGCUGUCUUAAGUCCAGGCCACGUCGACAAGAAGUUCCAUAAAAGACUUUGAUGGUGACAAGUGCGGAUUGCUAGAGACACAUACUUAUAAAUCAAACGAAAUGAUUUUAAGAACGCGGCUUUGGCUGGGAGUGCUCCUGGUGGCGCUACUCCUGAGUCCCACAGUUUCUGCCGAGGACGAGGAUUAUGGCGGUGAAAUGGUGGGUUCCAGCCUGGGAGGCAGCGAUGAUAUCUACGACCCAGCUCAACUGGAUGCCGAGGUGGAAAAGGAGAUGGAACAGCAUCGCAAUAGCCUGGAGGAGGAUCAAACCGAAAGCCCCCAGACCAUGGAGCAGGAAAUGAGCACCAUCCGGCCCAUGGAGGGCAGGAUAAACACAAUGGCUCCGUAUUCCGAGGAGAACACAGCCUCCGAAAUGAUGGAGGAUGCUCCAACCCAAAACCGGGUGUCAAAGGUGGACAAACCUGCUAAAGAUUACUAUUACGAGGACGGGCCCGAGGAGGAGGUGGUGGCCAGUACCACAACCAGAGCGGCCACCACCAUGAUCCCAGAGUAUGUGCGCCAGGCCAAGGCGGAAAGAUUCCCGCAACGUGACCAGGAGCACAGUACAUCCGACUAUGGAGAGGAAGAGGCCACCAAGUCGGUGGAUGAGCAAGCACCCGCUGAUCAGUUCUACCGAGUAGAGCAUCAGGAACCCAUUCCCCAGGCUCAAGUUCAACAGUUGCCCAGUCAGGACAAACCCAAUCCGUUUAAGUACUCCACCGAAGAUGAAUACUACGAUGAACCGGCGGAGGUGAAAUCAAAUCCCACGACUACCACGACAACCUCAACCACCACUGAGGCUCCUUUGCCCAUUCUGAGGGCUCGUUUCGGUGGCUUCCCCUGGGCCACCACCCAGGCACCCAAUCCUCAACCCACAACCUCAACUACCACCUCUUCGACCACAACAACAACCACCACCACGUCAACCACAACAACACCCAGUCCCAGAAAACAGCCGAAACACAUCCAAGUGUCCGGUGUCACAAAGCCGGAAUUACUUCCCGCGGAUCAGCUGCGCAACUACAUCAAGGAUGUCUACAUCCGCAUGCCCCUGGCCGUGAUUGUGGAUCCCUCAUCCGCAUCUUUGGAGCAGGCGAAGCGACUUUACAUAGAUGCUUUGCAGGACAAGAACAUCGACAUCAAGAUUGUCUUGGUAACACUUAAUGGAGACGGUGCCCCAUCUGCCUUCAGCUUCAACAAUACCCGCGAGUUCAUCGCAGGCUUGAACAGCACCAAGGAACACGAAGGAGGUAACUCAUUUGUGGGCGUUCUCCAUGCCGCCGAGCUGGUUCCCUACGACAGUGCCGUUUUCAUCUCUACAGCAGCGAUUCCACCGCACACGGAACUGGUCCAAGAUGCAGCCAUCACCCUGCUCAAGAAGAGGAUCAGGCUUUUCCUUCUUUGGUACGGUGAGCGAUCGGGCAGCGAGAACGAAACGGAGGACGCAGUGGGCGGCAUCCUGGGCGAGGUGGCCAUCCGAUCUGGUGGCGAGAUCAUCCACAUAGUGAGCACCGAGCAUGGACAGCACAUAGCUGGCAAUACGCUCACCCUGGUGGCGGACGCGUAUCAGGGCGUCCAAGAGUUGGAUCUGCCGGUGGACACUACGUUGUCCAGUCUCCAUGUCCGUAUCGAUGCGAAUAUGAGACGGGCCACGAUGGAGACGCCGAAUGGUGAGAUAAAUUUGAAGAAACUCGCCAAACUCAACGGAGGUAAUGUAUCCGAGACGUCGAAUCCUCAAGAACUGGAUGCCUACGUACCCCUGAAUAAGCUGCGACGCGCCACAACUUUCAAAUUGAAAUUACAAGCCGAGUUGGACGAGAAAUACAAUGUUUUCGUUCGCGCCGAAAGAAAAGCGGAUGUGUUUUUGGGCGACAUCAUCAAACGAAUCGAUAGCUACUACAAAAGCGGUCAAACAAAGCCCAAAUCGGCCAAAAUCCAGUUUCCCGACAGGGAAAAGGACACCGAGAAGCUGGAGGAGGAUGUGGACUCGCCGAAAAACGAAAUCGAAACCUUUUCAGAGAAGGAAAUCCAAAGAUCUACGAGUCUGAACCAAACCCUGUUGACCUCCUCCACGGGACAGCCGAGGAGCACCCUAAAUGCAAUGCUCCUUCAGCGAUGUGGCACCAAAAUUGAGUUGGGCACAGAAUCCAAACUUUUGGUGAUGGCUGGUCAGACAGCCUCGCUGCUUUUCGAGGUCACCAACAUGAAAACGGAGACAGUGUACUCCACCAUUCAAGUCACCGACGAGCGGCGCUUCCUAGUCCAGCUGAGUCCCACCAGAUUGAACCUGCGCGCCCAGGAGACGGCCACAGUGCGUCUGACUGUUUUGGUGCCGACUGGCACAGCUCAGGGCACCACGGACCGCAUCACCUUCACCAACUAUGGACGUGAAACCUCCACUUUGGCAGUCAAUCUUAAAGUGGUGACCAGUAUAGAUGCUCAGGACUCAACUGGCCCUACUUUAUCGUGGGAGUUUGGCAGCCGUUGCGAUUAUCUCACGCCCGAAUCCCUGAAUUGCGGCGAGCGUUUUUGGACGCUGGAUGUCACAGCUCAGGACUGGCAGUCGGGCAUGUUGCGUUUGCAGGCUACGCCGCCGGAGGGACUAUUCUACAGAAACUAUUACACGGCUGGGAGCACAGAGCCCCUGAAGGCCACUUACAUGGCUUCUUGCUGCGAGCCAAAGGUAUCACUUGUCGCUAUCGAUGCGGCAGGCAAUCAGAGGAGCCUGACCAUCGAUGUGAGGGAUGUGUAUUUGAACGAAGCCGCCAUUGCUGCCAUCUGCCUGGGAGUCAUUCUUCUCCUGCUGCUGAUCGCAGCUCUCAUCUGGAGCAUUGUGUGGUGUUGUCGGCGGAGAAAGACGACGCUAGAGCUGCCCACAUAUAGAUCCCACUCCACUAGGAGUAUGGAGUAAAUUGUUGUUAAGUUAUUGUGCCAAAUAAGAGUCGAACAGAACUCGAAAGAGUCUAAUAAAAUGCCAUGGAAUGACU